ACUCUCAUUCAGUCUGUUUCGAGCUUUCACGAUGGAUCGUCGCUGUAGGACGGUGGUAGCAUCAUAUCGGAUCCCGCGGUUGCUAUCUUCAUCUUCAUCUGAGCCAUUAACAAAUCAAUCCGGGUCGUGGUCGUCGUCGUCAUCGUCGUUCAAGUUGAGUCCGAUGUGCCGUGUCGGAUUGCUUGUGAAAUCUUUCGGCGCUUGAUUUCGUAAAGAAUACGCGGCGUAACUCGGUUGCAAUUCAGUUUUCGAGUAUUGUGACACACUGAAGCAUUGUUAAGGUGCAGCGAGGUAGAGGCACUGUAGGGGUUGUAAUAUUUCCCAAUCAGAAAGUGCACUGUCCUGAAGAAGGGUGCAUCAAUCAGGUAGUGCGAGCAGUGCACGAAAAAACAGUUAUCUUGUCGCAUUCGCUUACACCUUACAGUUUAGAAGGAAGAGGAGGACGUUCGAAGGAGAAGGACCAGGGAGACCGGAGAAGAAGCAGAGACGGAAGGAGGCUCGCAUUGGAGACGACUUCUGUCAACUGUUGGGGAUUGUCGUGAACGUCAUAUGCAGCUGUGAGUGGGAAUUGGAAGUGUGUUGGUCGAUGGUUUGAUAGUGUUGGUCAAAAUUGUCAACCGAGGAAGUGAGUAGCCGAAGAGCGGAGGCGGCAGCGGAAGCAGCGUUUUGCUAGACGUCAAACAAGUGAGAGUGCAGCGUGAAGACGUGCGAAGCAAAGUGACAAGCAAGGAAGAAUAUCAGCAGGAGCAGAGGCGAUCGUAGCGAUAUAGAAUACAGUGAAGCGGCACUGACGGAUUGGUGCGUUGGUGUUCGUGGGUUCCCGCAGUUUGUGUUCUCUGUGUAUAUCCUCUGGCCAGUGAGAGGAAGAAGUCGGGUCGCGUAUUUUGUUCAUUUUCUCGUCGUGAAAUAUUUUGUUUGCGUUGGGAAUAUCGGUCGCAAAAAAUGUUCGAAGUUUGGUGAAACAGCGACCGCAAGGGUUCGCCGGAAGUGAAAGUCGAGAAAUUGAAGAAUCUCUACCCUGGUGUAGCAGGGUUUUAAGUGGUCCACCUUGCAGGCGGACGAAGAUCUAGUGAUCCAAGAGUGUUGUUCUGUGAUUUUCGGGGAGUUAGAGUGCGAUUCAGUGCGGCCAGAGCCCCCGAACAACAGGGAGAAGGGUCGUAUAUGUGUUGUUGUGGUUGAAAGUUUUGAUAAAUGUCAAGAUGGCGGCGACUAAUCGAGCUCGUCCACAGCCGAGAACUAACAUCUCGUUCUUCUCGAAGAUCCAGGGCAAAAUCUCCGAUGCCUGCGCUCAGCAGAAGUUCCUAACGGACAAAAAGACCCUGGAGAAGACCUGGAAGCUGAUGGACAAAGUCGUCAAACUUUGCCAGCAGUCCAAGAUGAAUCUGAAAAACUCGCCCCCCUUCAUACUGGACAUCCUGCCGGAUACGUACCAGCGGUUGCAUUUGAUCUACUCAAAGUACGAAGACCAGAUGCACCUACUGCACGGGAACGAGCACUUCAAUAUCUUCAUCAACAAUCUGAUGAGGAAGUGCAAACAGGCCAUCAAACUGUUCAAGGAGGGCAAGGAGAAGAUGUUCGACGAGAACUCGCACUACCGGAGGAAUCUCACCAAGCUGAGCUUGGUGUUUUCGCACAUGCUGAGCGAGCUGAAGGCAAUAUUCCCGAAUGGGUUGUUUGCCGGGGAUCAGUUUCGCAUCACGAAGGCGGAUGCGGCGGAUUUCUGGAAGUCCCGCUUCGGAAAUAGCACACUCGUUCCGUGGAAGCUGUUCCGACAGGAGCUCUCCCAGGUGCAUCCCAUCUCCUCCGGGCUGGAAGCGAUGGCACUCAAAACCACCAUAGACUUAACGUGCAAUGAUUAUAUAUCGAAUUUUGAAUUCGAUGUGUUUACUAGGCUGUUUCAACCGUGGAAUACGUUGCUGAGAAAUUGGCAAAUCCUAGCUGUGACGCACCCGGGCUACGUCGCCUUCCUAACGUACGACGAAGUCAAGGCACGCUUACAAAAGUAUAUCAAUAAGGCUGGUAGUUAUGUUUUCAGAUUAUCCUGCACACGACUAGGUCAGUGGGCGAUAGGUUACGUAACGGUGGAAGGCGACAUCCUCCAAACAAUUCCCCAAAACAAGUCAUUAUGUCAAGCUUUACUAGAUGGUCAUAGGGAAGGGUUCUACCUGUACCCGGACGGAAAGGCGCAGAAUCCCGAUCUCUCGUUUGCCGUGCAGAGUCCUCUGGAGGAUCAUAUCACGGUGACGCAGGAACAGUACGAACUGUACUGCGAGAUGGGAAGCACCUUCCAGCUGUGUAAAAUUUGUGCCGAAAACGAUAAGGACAUAAGGAUCGAACCCUGCGGGCAUCUGCUGUGUACGCCGUGUCUAACGGCGUGGCAGGUCGAUUCGGAAGGACAGGGGUGCCCGUUCUGCCGGGCGGAAAUCAAGGGCACCGAGCAAAUCGUGGUGGACGCAUUCGACCCCAGGCGGCAGCACAAUCGCAACUCGGCCAACGGACGGCAGCAACUGCAAAACGACGACCACGACGAUGACAUUGAGGACGAUUUCAAUAUAGCCACCUCGUCACUCCACGCGCUGAGCAAUAGUAUGACACUGGCACGCAAUGAAAAGCAAAGUCCGCACUCUUCACCGCGUUUGCCCCGACGUCAACCAAAUCCCACCGCACCGGUGCUAACUAGUAACGAUAUUUAUGCAGGCGGCCCCUCCCUUCAGUCCCAGUCGAGCAGUUGCAGUUAUGCGUCAACCUCAUCCAGUUCAUCUGCCAGCGCUGGUAGUUGUAGUGGUGGCAGUAGCGGAAGUGCCACUAUUGGACAACAGAUGGCAGCACUAGUGACGACGCCAGCAGCGGUGGCUGCUGCUGCAGCUGCAUCCGCACCACCUAUGGCCGCUACCGCCACACACACGGUCAACGGAAAUCUUGUCACGCACACCAACAUUUCAUUGAACAAUAACAGUCACUGUAGUAAUAUGUGCACAGCUGGUGGUGGUGGUAGCAGUGGAUCUAGCGGGACCCCCAGUCAUAACCUUGUCAAAUGUAACAAGUCCUCAUCUUCGUCUCUCCUACCACAGACACAAACCAACGUCGCUCCGUCGGUCAGCACACACUCGCAGCAACUGCAACAAAACCGACUAAGUGCACCGGCAAGCUCAUCUGUGGCGACACCUAGUGGAACCAAUCCAAGCAGCUACCUAAUGUACCGGGCUCUUAGCAAGGCUCUAUCCUCAGAAAGUCAAUCAUCUAGUUCUAUGGAGUCAAUAUACCAACCGGUACCUCCUCCUCUACCCCCGAGAAAAUCCUCCCCCGGUAUCCUAUCCUCCACACCUUCAUCCGAUUCCAGCAGACUAAAAUCAACCAAUCCUCGAUGUCCUUCUUCACAACUGUUGGCAGCCCGCAAUACCCAAAACCAAAUCAAUUCAGCAUCUAGUCUUUGCAACCUGUCCAACCAGAUUGCCACCAGCCUUAACCUCAGCCGCAGCUCAGAGAACCUCUCGAGUGCUACCCGCAUAGAUAACCACGUACCCAAAGCCAAUCCUCCUCCUGUCCCAAAGCAUCAAACUCCCCACGAACCUUGCCCAUGCAGUAACACAACUGCUCCUCCUAAACCCCCUGAACCAGACCCAUUUAGCCAAGAGGAUCUAGACAAAGUAAUCGUCGGGCCCGCCGAAACCAUUGUCGGAAUCAUCGACACUCGACCACUGGAAGCACGCCAGCCCAUCAUCCUCAAGGUGGAUGACAAAAACGAUCAUAACCUUGUCCUCACAAGUACCAGCAACGUGUACCAAUUCAAACCGACCUCCAUCAGCACCAACAUCAACGGCAUCCUAUCCAAUGAGGUAACCAUCUAUCAACCAGCGCAGCCCAUCCACCCGCAGCCUCAUCACACUCCGAAACAACCGCAGCCUCAGCCAAGACACCAGCAGCAACAACAGCAACCCCAGUCCUGCACCCAAGGCACAAACCCACAGCACCAGCGACACCAAUCGCUCCCGGCAAACAACGCCACCAUCAGCGCCAAGGUUACUCCUCAGCCGCCAUCCAAGUCGAUCACCACCUCCCAGCUGUCAGCAGCCCUCGCCGCAGCCGCCAGCAAAUCCGGCAGCACCAACCCGCUCCUCUACGAGAACGUGAACCUCACCUCUUCGGCAACCUCCGCGACGGAUUGCAACGGGUCCAGCACAACGAGCAACAACAAUCACCUGAGCAGCAGCGCCGUGGCUGCGGCUAUGGCUGCGUCCGGCAGUGCGCACGGCGCUGCCGCAGCCAACAACAACAACACGAACGUGCCCUACGAGAACAUCAACCUGGAGUACAUCGCCCGGCUGAUGCAGGAGGGCUACUCCAAGGAGAACGUCAUCACGGCCCUGGGGAUUUCGCGGAACAACAUCGAGAUGGCGUGCGACAUCCUGCACGAGUUCGUGAGCAAAAGCGGCGGAGGGGGUUAGAAGGCAGCGCAGCGUCCCCGUGCCCCUCCAUCAUUAUGCAAUAUACAUUACAACUAUAAAUUGAACACACGUGUAUAGAGUAACAGUAGUAAGGUGUCGCUUAGCGGCCAUCAGAAACGACAGAGACUGCUAGGGAGAUGAGAUGAUGCGAGAGCUGCGUGACUCUUUGGAGAUUCUAAUUUAUUUUCUAUCGUAGGUAGCGGUAGUGUCAGGCGAUGAGCAAGUGGUGAGAGUGCUACACUGGAAGACGGCUUGUGGUAAUGACCAACAUAAAAAUGUUUUUAAAUUUACCAUGGUAAAACGUGAUCAUCGAGUCAUAAAAGCUUCUUGAGAUCGUUUUGUUUCCUCUCAUAUCAACCGGUUCGAUAGCCGAGUGGUAGCGUGCGAGCCAGGUGAUCCCAAGGUUCUGGUUUCGAAUCCGGUUGCCAACAGAAACUUUUUUUAAUUGUAAAUCGAGUCCAUGGUAAAAUUGAAAACAUUAAUCUGUUUGAAAUGAAACGAAAAUCAGUCUGCACAAAUUUAGUGGCGUUGUGUAUUUAAAUUGACCCUCAGAAUAGUAAUUUCAACCGCAAGCCGUCUUUCAGUGUAGUGUUGUUAGUACACUAAGAAAAUAGUAGUUGAAAACAAUCAUCUAUAGCAAUAAAUUGCAGUUCACAGUAAGUGAAACGGGGAAGUGAGCAGAAACAGUUUCUGCGACACUUCACUCAAUGUUGACAAUGUAAAUAGCUGGUGUGUGUGAUUAUAACUAGAUAUAAGAGAAAACACACACACACACAAACACACGCGAGUAUAUACAUGCAUACAUACUGCGCAACUAUAGAAGCAUCUUGUGAAAAGUGAAGCUUUGUUUUAGUUCCUUACUAGCAGCUAAUUGAAUUUAAUAUAAAAAAGAAAACUCUGUUCUGUAGAGACUAAUCAUUAGAGCAAAGAAAAUAUACUCAAGCGGAUCACGAAAAAGGAAUGACAAACAGAUGAAACCAGAGCAAAGCAUAGAAUUCAAGCACGGGUUAUUUACUUUUCUUUUUUUCUGUAACAAAAUACGUUUGUUUUGUCAUAUGCUACUAAUCACGAUUUCAUAAACACGAAGAAUAAAGUGAAAGUUGAUCACAUUGUACACAACAAAUUCAUAUUUUUCUCGUCAUAUAAUUAUCAUCCCUUAAGAUGGGUUCAUGCAUAGAACAAAAAGCGCUAUUAUCCAGUUGAUAAUCUAGUGAUUGGGAUCAAAUUCUCUAUUUAAAUUUUAACCUGAAACGAAAAAGCAUGGAUCAAAACUACAUUUACCUUCAGAAGGUUGGGUCCACUGUAGAAAGCAGCAGAGUGGAUGCUUUCUCGACAUCGUAAACAUCCUUGUGUAAGAGAGUCAGUGGACUUACCAGAUUGGUAGGCAUAUUGGUUCACAUGAAGAGGCACGUUGACCAGAUGAACAUCGCGGAUGUGAUGAUCUACAAUGCAAAAUAGUAUCUCAUCUGCUCCAAUAGUACUAAUAGUAAUUACGAUACUAAGAUCCGAAACCAGAGUCAUGACUUACAAGAAAAGGUAGCAGGUCCAUCCGAAGAUGUAAUAUCCACACAUCCGGGUGCUAAUUAACCUUCCAGGACGCGCGUCAUCAAGCAACCAAAACUGCACCACGCGCACGUUGAAUACAACGAGCGAGGUUUUUUUGGUGCUGUGGUACUUUUUACAACAGCGCGCGCGCUGGAGGGUUAAGCAUUUUAGAACUUCCUCAUCAGAAAAAGUGCAACUGAAGCUCGUUCACUCGGUAAUCCUUAGGUUUCGCAAGGAUUUCGUUAAACCGACUGACUUUACUCAAGCUGGAAACAUUUGUACAAAGGUUUUCCAGCCGGAUCGUUCAGUAGACCGAAGAGCUUUCUGAUAGGCCUUGUGAGCCGACCUAAAAGUCAUCGAUCCAGCCGAACGUCGUCUGUUCCAACUCUUUCUACAUUGUUUCCUGAGUUUCGCCAGAUCAGAAGUCCACCAACAAUGAGUUUCCCUUGUGGUCUUCACAGAGCGCAGAGGACAGAAACUUAUUCAAAAGUAUUCUACUAUGAAGGACUGGGGCGGAUGGGCUGAAUGGAUAACACUGACUUGAACAGUAAACAAGUAUCUCUUUUUUUUUAUUCUUAAAUCACUAAUUUACAGCUCUUUUGACCACUAGGGCACUGCGUGAGCAAUUCCAAUUGGGGACUACGAAGGUUGAUGAGCCGGGAAACACUCUUCCUUCUUACGGGGUUUCUUAUGGGAGUAUGAGUGAAAAAAAAAGCAAAAAAUCUUCCCUCCUUCACUUUCUCACAUAAAACCGCAAACAAAAUCAUCACCUUCGUAGUCCCCAAUUGGAAGCUGUACUUACACUUUGUACAGCUCCUAAAUGUAUUCUAUUCUAAUUGUACUAUAUCAAACUGGUUGCCGUUGCGCUUCUUGUCACUUUUCUACUCUGUCCAUGAGUAGAAUGAUGAGCACAAGGAUGUUGAUGUGUGGCUCUUGUUCCUUUUCCAGUCCGAUUGGGGGUCCAUUAUGAGUUGCCGUUAGCCGAUAUCCAAGUUUCCGGGUCCGAUAGACCCUCGGGAGAGGGUCAAGUGUCAGCUGCUCUCAGGGGGAAUAGCAACUGACGAAAAAUUGCAAGUGACGGGGCUGGGAUCGAACCCAUGACCAUCCACUUAUGAAGUGAACGUGUAGCCACUACGCAACGGGCCCCGGCAAGUAACUAUUUAUUAGGAUUGACAUGUGAACAGUAGGAGAGGUUAAUGUAGAAUGGGGUGAAAAUUUUCUCCACGGGCGCCCGUCAGCUUUCCACGACCUACUUCUUUACCCCAUCUCUAUCGUCGAGUUCAAUGUUCCGGCGUAGAUGUUCGAAUCUUCGGUGUCGAAUGCUUUUGCAAAAAUGUCUGUUAACAGAUCAUCUGUUCGAAUAGGUUCCACCAAGAUGCGAUGUGUUCACGAAAAAAGUGGUGCUUGAUAUCGAUAUGAUUGGCCCAUUUGCACUAGAGAUUUUGCGCCAUCCCGUUGCAGCCACGGUUGUCAUCAUAGAUCGUCACAGGUUUUGCAAUCUUCACGCCAAGGUAAGCUAAGAGUUUGAAUAGACAAAUCGCUACUGCCACGCCCGCGAUUAAGGCUAUGUAUUUAGCAUCACCGGAUGAGGUAGCCACUGACCUAUGCUUCUUGCUUGACACGACACCGUGCUCCCGUACAGUUGAACUGCCCAGGAUGCUGCUGGUAUCGUCACAGAUAUCCAAGUGGGAAACAAAUGAUUGGCCUAAAAUUCCACGGCAUGGCUCUUCUAUGGUUUCUCCUUCACUGUAGACGAUCUGCAGCCCUUUCUCAUCGGCGUAUUUGUUUGGUUGCAAUCUUGCAUUUCAAACUUCUUCAGAAUCUUGUCUAUGCUUGCGAUGCUUGCUUCUCAAAAGUGAACUGUUCAUAUUGGCCAACUCCUGGUCAUAGGCGAUUUUCAUUCCAAGGAAGUGUUGGAGCAUACCGCAAUCCGUCAUCUUGAAAUACUGGGACAUCUUCUUCUACACAGCUUCAAUCGUCUUGAUUCGUGUUUCCAUGGUCAGUAAGUUGUCGACGUACAUAUAUGACUAUCGUUUCCCUCUCGUCGACGCGGGUGUACAAGCAAUAGUCAUGCUGUGAUCUCAACUUCUCGUUCCAGUACUUGGGAACCUGCUUCAAACCCUAUAGCGACUUCUGUAGCUUGCACACUGUUCCAUCUGGUAUAUGAACACUCCUCUCUGCAACGCAACAGCUAAAGCCACUCGAAUCGUCGUCAGCUUGGCUACCGAGGCAUAGGUUUCAUGAUAAUCAAGCCCGGGCUUCUGGAGGAAUCAUUUUAACCCUUAUGUGGCCGGCAGGGUACCCGGGUACCCAGCACCCAUUUAAAAUACACGGUGUAGAAAAAAGCAAAAAGUUUGCCGGCCACAUAACGGUUAAUCUAGCCUUGUGUCUCACAUGGUUUCCGUCAUAAUCUUCUUUACGGCAGAGUACUCACUUCGGUUGUAACGGUUUCAAUCCUGCAGGACAUCUCACUAGCCGCCAUACCUGGUUACAUUCGAUUAGUUGCAGCUCACCAGUCAUCACGCACCGCCGCCAGCCAAUGGUCCCGGUCGUCACGGUUCUCGAUCUCAUUGUAGCAUUGAGGUGGAUCUGAACUAUCGUAAAGUCCUACAGCAGAGUUUGCGUUGAAUCCGGUUAGAAAAUCUUCCCAAGUAACACACUUGUCACAGUCACAGUAACUUCUGUGCAACAAAAACCUGUGCCGCCGUGACUCUUCUGUGUGUGACAUGUGUGGUAUGUUACUUGGGUAAUUACUUACUUGAGAGCCUGCGCUCCCGUAUGCUGCGCCUAGUGGUUGACUUUGGACAGACGUCAUUGCUCUGUUGCGAAAGGAAGCGCCCCAGGGGUUACUUCCUCUAGGGGCCCAGGGGUUACUUCCUCUACCUCUACCAGCUCUUCAAAAAUAUCUUCAACAUCGAUUUCGUUAGCAGCUACUUCAAAGCUACUUCAUCGGGUCGUCAGCAGCUACUUCACGAGGAGCUUCUUCAAUUCUCGCGCUCAGUAUCAUACGGGUGUAUCUACAAUGAUCGAUUUUUCUUCAUCGAUUUUCUCUUUGGUUAAUAACUUGGCCGGCAAAUCAAUUUUGGAUGUUUUUGUUGUUUUAGAAUUUAAUCCUAGUCGUCCUUCAUUGAAAUACACCGAUAGAUCAUCCGACUAUUGGUCGUAUUUCCCGGAAUAAUCCGAAGAGAAAAUCGAUGAACAGAAAUCGAUCAUUGUAGAUACGCCUGUAUGAAACUAAACGCGAGAAUUGGAUUAUCGCACGCUUCCCCCUCUGGCUCAUAUAGGAUAAGGAUCACCAAGGGAACUUAGCUAGCUCCAUCAGGUUCAGUAGGUCGGCUCCAGAGGCACGUUCUCCCAAAGUCUGUAUCCAUUCGGGGCGUAAUCAAUCAUGAUCCACAUCUUCCUCUGCUAAGCCGGGAUGCACGCCAAUCUUUCUCAUGCUGAGGUCCGGUUUCACACUCGCUUUCGACUUUGGUUACGCUUCCGACUAAUACCAUCAUAUGACAACCAUUCAGCACAUACGUAGCAGCUAGGGCCGCUUCCGACCACAUAUUCUUCGGAACCUUCGAAUCUAUUAGCAUGGAACUUACCUUUUGCAACCAAAAUCUGGUUGAAGCGUUCAGCAACCUCGUUUUGCUGUGGGUAGUUAUUAGGGGAUGAUUCAUCAUGCGGUACCUAAACCGAACCAUAGACAAUUUCCCACAGAAAGGUCAAUUGUAACAGCACAUACAUUUCUGGCGUUAGUUCAAAGACUAGUGUUGCAAACUUUGCGUGAUUGACAAGCACACAUGCUCGAGGCAUGACACGCGAGUUUACCAUUUCUACGCCGGAUUCACAAGGUUUCCUUACAAAUGUAGGCCUCUUGGACUAAAGACAUCUGCAAAGAUACAGUCUUCAGCAAAGUUGUUCAGAAGGCCAUUGACAGCAUAAAGACAAGCAGUUUGGUUCGCAAAUCUGCCACUAGGUAACGGUAAUAAGCAUAUAAAAUAAGCAUUUUAGCCAGCUCUAUCACGCGAUAUCGAUAAGAUAGAAAGUUCAAGUCUUUGGUAAAGUUACAUCAUGAAGACAAGAAGUGAUAAUUGAACGACUGUAGGGUUAAUUUAAAGUUUUUCGGCUACGCAAUCUUUAACCCUAAACGGGAUACCUGGGGUCCAUUGGACCCCAGGCGCCUUUCAGAGCUCGUCUUUGAUGGAACACACUCAGCGAGGUGACAAAACUGAGGCCAUGAAGGUAUCCCUUUUAGGGUUAAUAACUAACGACGUUUGUUGUUAUCCCAACGUUUCGACGCUUGGUGGGCAUCUUCCUCAGGGGGUAAAUACUUGUGUCAUUAUUUGUGUCAUGUUUUGGCUAACUAUAACUGUCGGGUAUAUUGAAUUUUGGUACAUGACUUUAAAAUCUUUCACUUUUUCCCCGCACAACUUGUAACACUGGCAAUGGCGCCAUACCUCGCGAUCUCGAUAAGAUAAAAAAGUUCAAGUCUCAUGCGAGGUAUGCAUUUCAAACGGAUCGCUCAAGUAAUUUUCGUUCAGUGCAUCAUUUUUUCGUGUCCGGAAUGUUCAAGAAAUUUAACACAGCAAGCCCCAUUUGAUUUGACGUUUCGUUUCAGCUCCGUACUAGGAUCUGGAAUAAAGCGACGCUUUCUUAUUUCUUGAGCGAUUCCUUCCCUGAAUUUCCCACGCAACGAGAUAAGCCAUGAAAUUUCUUGCGAUCUGCGUACUACCCAUCAGGCAAAGUUGUUCAGAUCAGAAGGUCGUUGACAUGAUAAGGAUAAGCACUAAGCAGUUUGGUUCACCGCUAAAAGGUGGUAGUGUGCAGUCAAGACCGAUUCAGUUCAUAUUCAAGUGACCCAGGUCUAAUUUACUUCCUAUCCAAGUGUUUCAAGUCUUAUUUAUUUCAAAUUCAAGUGAUUCAGUACCUAUUUAUUUCAUAUUCAAAUGAUUUAGGUCUGAUUCACUACAUCAGAAGGCCGGCUCCAGAGGCAUGUUAUCCUCCAUUUGGGACAUUUGUGUGAGCUAUCUUAACUAUAGCCCAGUGCUUGAAUCAGCAUGAAUAUGAAAAAUACGAUCAGUUAUCAGCGCCAGCCACCACUUCGGAAGAACGUAUGCUAAGGGAGUAAGUAUAUUCAUUGCCGUAUACACUGGCGAAGAGGAAGAUUUCGAGAGCUACAUAGGGAACGUCCAUAAAUUACGUCACGCUUUGAUGGGGGAGGUGGGGAUCAGCAAAAUGCGACGACCCAAGCAAAAAUUUCAGAGGUAUCGUACAAAAAGUGUGACAUAAGGUGGAGGGGAGUUGAUAAUGGACAAUUUUUACGUGACUUAAUUUAUCGACGUUCACCGCUAUACUAUCGUUUUCCGAUCUCAGUCAUAACUUUAUUGCUAUUGCUCUCACUUGCUUCAGAAGCAUGUAAGCUAAUGAAGGCAUAUAACUAUUGCUUCGAGUUAAAAAGCACCGGUUGAAGAAAAAACAAUUUCGCUUCGUUCGCAAUGCUUCACUGUUCAAGCACUGCCAUAGCCACUACUCAAACUAGGCAAGUUUAAACUCUUUGCAAUCUUAGCACAAAAAUGAACAGCAACAAUAAAAAUCUCGCGCUUAGUAUCAUACAGGCGUAUCUACAAUGAUCGAUUUCUCUUCAUCGAUUUUCUCUUUGGUUAAUAAAUUGGCCAGCAAAACAUUUUCGGUUGUUUUUGUUGUUUUAGAUGCUAGUCCUAGUCGUCCUUCACCGAAACGCACCGAGAGAUCAUCCGAAUAUUGGCCGUAUUUCCCGGAAUAAUCCACAGAGAGAAUCGAUGAAGAGAAAUCGAUCAUUGUAGAUACGCCCGUAUGAUACUGAACGCGAGAAAUCAUAUCGGUAUUGUUUGGAAAACACCAAAGGCGAGGAUAUAGGUACACAUUACACUGUGUAAAUCGCAUAUAAUGCGAAUCUAUAUAUCGCCUACCCCCGUUGGUUUGACCGCAUCUAAUCUGAACACUUUUUAAUUUGAUCCCCGCAAAUCUGCACAUCGUUCAAACUAAAAAUGGUUCAAACGUCAUUCUACUCAUGGAACGGGGUGAAACGAAACGCAGAAUCAAAACAAAACAGCAAAUAAUGUUACCAGCACUGUGUUUUUCGACGCCCCUAUAGGGUUACUAGAAGUUCAAAUUAAAAAUGAACUCCGUUCGUUUACAUGAGGUGUCGUUCAAACCAACGGGGGAAGACGGUAGGUGAAAAUUUUAAUUCUAACUCAGCCUUUGAGAUUAAAGAAGGACUGCUGAUUGUCUCGGAGAAACACAAUAUCCACUGCGCUAUUGCUACGGUUAGCACAGUAAGGGCAAAAUACUGUGGAGGACGCCCUGGUACUGCACAAACUCCGUUUGAGAUUAGGUUUUUAUUAGACCCCCCUAAAAAUUCAUUGCUAGGCACGGUAAACAUAAAGCCGCAUACCACCAUGAAUUAGGGGUCACCUGACUAGUGGACUCUAACCACUGGAACAGGCGACCCGUAGUGCUAUUCUUAGCCAGUUGAACCAUCCGUUACCGAUACCACACAGCUACUUAUACUUAUCAAGGCUGAUCAGGAAAAAUAAGUCAAUAUUAAGGAUCACCUUCAUACAAACCCAAACAGCCCUUAAGUGUAUGAUGUGUUUUUUUUUUUUAAUUAUUUUUGUUCUGCUUCGCACUCACGAACUUUAUUUGGGAUUACGGUAGCAUAUGACAAAACAAACAUCAACCUUUUCCGAUAUCCUUUUGAUUUAUUAAAAACACACAAUUUACAGCAUUAGAAGCCAAGAAACAAAAACGGAUACCGGUUAGUGAUUCAGGUGACUUUUAGUCAUUAGUCACGUUUUUUUAGUUUUAAAAGAGAAUUAUUUGUGUCCAACUUGCUGGAGAAACUUUUAUUGUAAUGCAAAGCAUUGGUAAUACGGACGGUAUAUUGAAAAUUAGUUCAAUUAGACAUUUCAACUCAUCAAAAGCAAAACUACUGUUCAACUAAUAAGCACAAUAGCUACAGGAAAAAAAACAAAUUUUUCAACAUUCAGAUUGAUAGAAUUAUUAGAAACAAUAGUCACUUUGGUCGUCAGGCUGGUACAAACAAAAAAACGUUUGUUAUUUUUAUUACCGAAAUUUUCAGCCCAAACGAGGUACUUUGCAGGAUCAACAUCUUUUCGCUUCUGAAGAAAGAUGACAUGUUUUCGUACAUAUUUAUGAGUCUGUAACUUAUGUCAGGUCUACAGAAUAAGAAGCAAGCGUUCUUUUAUUACUAUUUUUCAUUCAGUUAAUUUAGAUAACGAUUUUUCUUGUAGAAGUGAAUGACGAACACUUUUUUUCUAAUUUGUAUGUAAAAAUAUCUGAGACUUGAAAUAAAGAUAUUGAAGAUUUUUUGAAUUUCAUCCUUCGAUUUAUAAUUGGAAUUAUAUGCCUUCAAUUUUAAACUUUUCCAAAAAACAAUAUACACAAUUAUAUAUCAAGAAAAAAAACCUGCUUAGGGCUGAAAAUGUCGAUGAUAAAGACGACAAAUGUUUAUUAGCUAGGCUAAAUACAGUGACUGUGCUAGAUUAGAAUUCAUUGCCAGUUGGAACUCUUUCUCACCAAAAUAAACUACACAAGCAAUAUCAUCCGCAAAGCAGCUAAGCAAAUUAUCACCAAAAACAACUACAACUUUUGCAUUCAAUUUGGUUUCAAUAUCGAAUUUAAAUCAACCAAUCAAUCUAUACAAACCAAACAUAUUAAGGAAGACACUAAAAAAAGAAAUCAACAAACCAAAACACAAUUGUAAACUAGUAAAAGUUGUAUACACCCUAAAGAUAAAGAAUGCAAAAAAGAGAUCUAAAGUCGUGAAUCCUAAAACCGAAACACGAAGGGAGCACAGAUUAUCAAAAGUGAAUGACGAGAGUGAGAAUGGAAACGCGAAACUAUGCAUAUAAGAAGAUGAGAGAUUCAACCGGACAGCAUAACACUCACAUGUCUGAAAAUCAGAACAAACAAUCCAAAAUCAGAAACCGAUAAAUAACCAUAACUGUCGACAGCCAGGUGAUGUGCAGUUCCAAUGAAAGAGAUUAUAUGUAUUUUUAUACGCUACAGCAACAAAACCAAAAUAAAAGUAACUGACAAAAGGUGAACAAUUUACUUACGCCCACAGAGAACAAUCUGAAUCCAGUUAGUGACACAUCUGAAUACCCAUUGUUAGUGAAAUAUCCUGUCGAACCACUUUGGCCGCAUCAUCAUUUAAUUAUAAAAAAGACCGUGUAAUGUCCAUCAAAUCCAUUUCACACCAACGUUUUUUCGAGUUCACGAUUUUAAUAAGAAAAAAAACAAAUCAUAAAAAUUGUUCUUCUGCACUUGACCAAAACACUAAUUUACACAACCAUCACCUCCAAUUCUCAUAUAUCUCGACACAUAAGCUGAACAACGCACAUUCAGUCAUCAUUGUUGGCACUUGUUUCGAUGUUACAUUCGCGGAGCCAAAACUGUCUCUCCAGUCAUACAAAAAGCAACCUACUACAGAAAUAGAAAAGAAAAUAAUAAAAAAAAAACCUUGCAAAACCAUAAAACGAUACACACUGGAUCAUAGAAAGGAAGGAAGGAAGCUAAAGGAGCGAGUGAGAUCUUAUCAAUCGAUCGAACCAGAUAGCGGAUGCAAUAGCGAAAGCGGUUAAUGCGAAUCGUUAGUCAGUUAAGACACACAAGAAAAAAGUGGAACGGUAUUGAAACAAAACAAAAACAAACACACACGUGACGAAGUGAAUAAAUUAAGUGAAAACGAAGGAAAA